GUCUAGGUCUAGGAUGGCCUCUUCAAUGGCGUGGUUGGAGACACUUAGACAAUCACGUAAAACAGCAUUAAUUCAGGACGGAAGAAGAAAGCUUCAUUUUAUCCUCCUGGAUGGUAGAGAGCUUGUGGAGGAGUAUGACGUCAAAACCAAUGACUUACUAGUGCGUAAGUGGAAGAGUAAGAAUGUACUUGGAAGAGAGGUGAAAUGGGAGUUUGAAAUUGGAGAGCAGUUCAGACGUCCAGCUGCGGGUGGAGAGGCAGAUUUGCUCAUGGAAAGCAGCUCUAAUGUAAGUCAAGAUACAUAAUUUCUUAUGUUUUUU